CCCAUACAGCAAGUUGCAGCAAAGUCAGUUGUUUACGUCCCACCUUACCACACAUUGUGUGCGAAAGUAAGGAGACCACAGAAGUUAGGGCCAUUUUGUAGUUAUUUGUGAGUGUUUUGACCGUUUCUCAUCACACACUGGCAACUUCUGCCUGGUGUGUGCCUGUGCUGUGCUUGCUUGUUUGCUUCCUUGGGCUGGGGCGUGCGUUUGUAUAUAAGGAAAAGCAUUUAUCCUCGCGCUGUGUUCCGUGGAUGCUCAGCAGAAUUGAGAUUGCACAUAGCUCUGAGUGCUCGAGGAUUACAGUGAGACAUAGCGGUUUCCAGAUGGCGACAGAGGACUCGGUCGAGAACGACAAGGGGCCCAAGCGCUACAUGGGAUUCAACUCCCGGGUUGAGGAACAGGUGCAGCAGCUCGUCAGGACGUUUACAAACCAAUCGUUACUCUCCGUGGACAGCAAGAAGAGAAGACUCCGGAGGGAGAAGGAACCACAGGCAGAGCUAGAGCAGCAACAACAACAGCAGCAAGGUGAAGGUGAAGGUGACUCUGACCGUAUAUCACAGCCAGACGCUGAGUUCCACGGAGAUGUAGAUAGUGAGGCCGGUACCGCAGAGGGGGACUUGGACUCCACCACUGAGAGCCAUCUGUCAAGAGUGACUUCGAAGGCUUCGACCAUUGCACCGGGCAUUAACCCUAUGGCCGAAGAGCUGGAUGAAUUGGAUCCAAGAUUGGACCCGGACAACGAGGAGUUCUCAUCUCGUUAUUGGAUUAAGAACAUCAAGGCCUUCAUGGAUCGAGACCCAGAACACUACCUGAACUAUUCGUUUGGUAUUGCAUUCAAGAACCUCAGAGCCUCGGCAGAAGUUGAUAGUGCACUGAACGGUGUCGAUCAAUCGACGCAAUUCUAUGCUUCAAAACAUGCCAGACAGGCUAGACACAUGAGAAAGUCUUCACCUUACACUGUUUCUUUCCCAAUGCAGGUUCGUUAUCUGUUGACGAGAAACUUCCAAAGAAUUAGGAAUGACCUGGGUUAUAAUUUGUUCUCUAUAUUAGCAGACUCCUUGAUUUCUUUGGUCAUUUCGUCCAUUUUCUACAACUUACCGUCCACUACGUCUUCAUUUUACCAUAGAGGUGCUUCUUUAUUCUUUGCUGUGCUAUUCAACGGUUUCUCUUGUUUCUUGGAGAUUAUGUCAUUGUUCGAAGGUAGACCGAUUGUGGAGAAGCACAAACAGUAUGGUCUGUAUCAUCCUUCUGCUGAAGCUCUAUCCUCGGUUAUAUCUCAGUUCCCGUCCAAGUUAUUUAUCGCCUUGUUCUUUAACCUGAUCUACUACUUUAUGGUUAAUUUCAGACGUGAGCCUGGUUACUUCUUCUUCUACUUUUUGGUGAACGUGUUGGCUACGUUAACAAUGUCUCACUUCUUUAGACUUAUUGGUUCAAUGUUCAAAACUUUACCGCAAGCACUCGUUCCUGCGCAUGUUGUUCUUCUUGCCCUUGUUGUCUUCACUGGUUUCAUCGUCCCCAUCAAUUAUAUGCUGGGAUGGUGUAGAUGGAUUAACUAUAUCGACCCUAUUGCUUAUGCCUUUGAGUCUUUGAUGCUGAACGAGUUCCACAACAGAAUUUUCCAAUGUUCGUCGUACAUUCCUCAAAGUCCAGCUGUCAAUCCUGAUCUACCUCCAGACUCUUGGAUUUGUGAUGCUGUUGGUGCUGUUGCAGGUCAGACGUAUGUCAAUGGAACUAUUUAUCUUGAGCAAGCAUUCCAAUACCGCAAUGGUCAUAAAUGGAGAAACGUUGGUAUCGUUAUUGGUUUCAUGAUCUUCUUCCUAGCUGGUUACAUGUUCUUUUCUGAAUACAACGAAUCAGCACAACAGAAGGGUGAGAUCUUGCUGUUCCAACGUUCUACUCUGAGAAAACUGAAGAAGGAUAAGGCCUUGAAUGAUAUUGAAGCUGGUAAAGAGCGUGAUAUCACGCUUGAGCCUGAAGAAGAAGAUGUCAAUGUUGAUGCUAUUCAAGCUGGUACAGAUAUCUUCCACUGGAGAGAUGUUCAUUACACAAUUAAGAUCCAGUCUGAAUACCGUGAGAUUCUAUCUGGUGUCGAUGGCUGGGUCAAGCCUGGUACUCUGACUGCCCUGAUGGGUGCAUCGGGUGCUGGUAAGACCACCUUGUUGGAUGUCCUCGCUAGUCGUGUCACCAUGGGUGUUGUCACCGGUAGUAUGUUUGUCAAUGGUCACUUGAGAGACUCUUCUUUCCAGAGAUCUACUGGUUACGUUCAGCAACAAGAUUUGCAUUUAGCUACUGCUACUGUUCGUGAAGCACUGAGAUUCUCUGCCUAUCUAAGACAACCAUAUUCCGUUUCUAAGAAAGAUAAAGAUAAAUACGUUGAGGAAGUGAUCAAGAUCUUGGAUAUGCAAAAGUAUGCUGAUGCCGUUGUCGGUGUUGCUGGUGAAGGUUUGAAUGUUGAGCAGAGAAAGAGAUUGACAAUUGGUGUUGAGCUUGCUGCUAAACCAAAGCUUCUUUUGUUUUUAGAUGAGCCAACAUCUGGUUUGGACUCUCAAACCGCUUGGUCUAUUUGUCAGUUGAUGAGAAAGCUUGCCAAUCAUGGCCAGGCUAUCUUGUCCAUCUUGAUGCAAGAGUUUGACAGACUUCUCUUCCUUGCAAGUGGUGGUCGUACUGUCUACUUUGGUGAUUUAGGUGAUCACUGUCAAACAUUGAUCGACUACUUCGAAAACCAUGGUUCGCCAAAAUCAGAAUGGAUGCUUAGUUUGAUUGGUGCGGCACCUGGCUCUCAUGCUAAUCAAGAUUAUCACCAACGCAAAUCGGUUUUAGAGGAGUUGAACACCAUGGAAAGAGAGCUUGUCAAUGAAUACGCUGCUCCACUGUGGUACCAAUUCAUUGUUGUGUUACAGAGGGUGUUCCAAAUGUUGUGGAGAACACCAUCUUAUAUCUGGGCAAAGCUUUUCUUGUCUGUUUCAUCUUCGAUAUUCAUCGAUCUGACAAUCCAAGGUCUACAAAAUCAAAUGUUUGCUGUCUUUAUGUUCUUGAUUAUCUUCAAUCCUGUUAUCCAGCAGCAAGACCUUUAUGAAGUGAGAGAGCGUCCAUCAAAGACUUUCUCUUGGAAGGUUUUCAUACUGACUCAACUUACUGCUGAAGUUCCAUGGAACAUCCUGUUAGGAACCUUGUCGUUCUUUGUUUUUUACUACCCAGCUGACAGAGUUAACCAGAGAGGUGCGUAUGCCUGGUUCUUCACAUGUAUGUUCUUUGUCUAUGUUGGAACUUUUGGUCAAUUGUCCGAUUCUGCUGGUCAGGUUGCCACGUUGUCUUUCACUCUUUGUUUAACGUUCUGUGGUGUUCUUGUUGGGCCUGACGCUUUACCAGUGUCACCAUUCACAUACUAUAUUGAUGGAUUCUUAUCAAACGCAUUGGCCAAUGCUCCAUACAAGAUUGUCAAUCCACCAAUGAGUAAUAUGACAUCUGCAGGAACGGGAUACUUGUGUGAACUGUGUCCAAUGUCCAGUACAAAUGCCUUUUUGACUCUCAUCAGCUCAAAGUACUCGCGUAGAUGGAGAAACGUGGCCGUGUUUCUCUAUUGGGUUAAAGAUGAACAACCUGCAUCCCCAGAGAAGGGUGAAAGAUCACCAGAAACAGAUGCUGAAAAGUUGUCUUCCACUUCUUGAAGUUUAUGAUAAUGUCUUAUAUAUACUAUACCAAAUCUUUGUUUAGUUCUUUAAUGUGAUCAACUUGUUGAUAG